UUCCCCGUCACCUCAUCCCCCCCCCCCCCGGGAUGAAGCUGCUGUUCCUCGCCUGCCUGAGCCCCAGCACCGGCAACUGCACGACGGCGGCGAGGAUCAGAGAAUAUAUACAAGACAGUGGUCACAUCUGUGUUCUGAGAGAUGUUGCAGAUUUUAAAUCAUCCUCUCAGGUUUCAGAGUUAAUCUCUAAGGAAAAAUUUGAAGCAGGGUUGGUCAUCCAUCUCUACAAAGGAGGAAGACUGCUACUAGAGAGCAGCGUUCCAUUUGGAGCUAUAUUUGGUGGAACGGAUAUCAAUGAAGAUAUCAAGGAUGAAAAGAAAUCUAAAGUCAUGCGUGCUGUGCUUCAAAAAGCCAGGUUUUUGGUGGCUUUCACAGACCAGUUAAAGAAAACAGCAGAACUACAUUGGCAAUUCGCUAGCAGUAAGAUACAUGUACAGCCUCAAGGUGUUGUGACCAAUCCUUGUGAAAAAUUCAACUGGAGAGAAUUUCUUCAAAGUUCAGUAUUCAGUAGAAGAAAGAAAAUAUCCAUGCAACCAUGUGAAACAGAUUUGGUCUUUUUAAUAAAUUCAGGGAUUCGAAAAGAGAAUAUUGAUCUGUACGUUUUUCUUUUGGUGUGUGGACUUCGAGAAGUGAAAGAUCCUCUUUAUUUAGUGGACAUUUUCUCAGAAUGGCACAAAAAGGAACCGUGGGUGUAUUUGAUUAUUAUUGGACCGAAGAUUGACCCAAUGUUUGCCCAACUGGUGGAAGAUAAAAUAAAAAGAUCCUGUGGCGUGUACCUACUUUCAGAGCUAUCCCAGGAAGAAUUACAUGCUGCUAUGAAGGAUUCUUUUGCUGUUGUGAACAGUUCCAUCUCUGAGGGAAUGUCUUCUGCAAUUCUAGAGGCAAUGGACCUUAAAGUACCUGUGCUGGCCAGAAAUAUACCUGGAAACAAGGAAUUAAUAAGACAUGAACAUACAGGACUUCUCUUCUCAAAUCCUCAGGAAUUUGUUGAAUUGUCAAGACUACUGAUCAACGACACUGCUUUAAAGGAGAGACUCGUGGUCCAAGCCAAGGACUAUGUACAGGAGUACCACUCCUGGCAAGCCGAAAAGGAAACUUACCAGAAACUCACUACAGGCUUGCUUUAAACCAUCUCAACCAGUGAUGACGGAGUGCAAUAUUUUACAUGUCCAGCUUCUGCUAAGCAGGAGCUAUUUCCUUGAAAUUAACCUUUUAUUUAGAAUUACGAGAAUGGAUUUUCAAAGGGAAUAAUUUUCAGCACGGUACUUACUGUUUUCAUGACUUGCAGCUUUAAUAUUAUUUAGACUGUCACAUAAGCUAAAUGGUCAUUUUUUUACUCCCGAGUGGCUGGGCUCCUAUGGGAUUAGAUUUGCAUGACAGACUAUCAGAUUUAUCUGUCUAGUCUGCAGUGGUACAGCUUUGUAUUCCUUCGGUGUUGGAGCUUUUAAAAGGCUUAAUCCAUUCCUUGGGUGUUCCUAUUUUUUUCCCUCUUUACAUCUUAAUUUCUCCAACUUUAUGAACACUGUACACCCCCAUCUGCUUUCUUGUGGCCUGUAGCAUCUAUUUCGAUUGAAAUAACUUGUUUUUUUUUCAAAUUGAUUUUGAAGCCAGUGAAAGAAAGCAGAAGAAUAUGAUUCUAUUCUUUCGGCAAUCUGUGUGUUGGAUGGGGGAAGAGCAAUUAAGUGAUCUGUGGGUCACAUGGCAAAAAAUUAAUGGUGGAUGAGUGCAGCGGCAUACAUGAUGAUGCCUGUUGUCCACUCAACAGUAUAUUUAUCAUUUCUCUUGAUACCCAUACAAUCAGCCAGUUACUUAGUGAGCAGUGUAUAGGGUUCUUAUACACACAAUUUGUAUCAAUUGCAAAGGUAGUAUUGAGUAAACAUUGCAAUGUAUGUCAGAAAGAAAUGCAGUUCAACAAGAGGAAGGUUAUUUUUUUUCUAGCUUUAACUGUUGGCUUGUUUCAGUGCAGCAAUAAUGUACGUUUCGAUAUUCUUUCUCCUUCCUUGAUAGCAUGAAAACCCCACAUCACCAUUGAGAUUAAAACAAGGUGUCAUUUAGUGAGCCACUGAAUUGAAUUUAUUGCGAAUCAUCGCCCAACACUAUUCAUCGGUUUUCCCUUGAUAUCUAUCCCUUAAGUUUAUCUUUAUACUCAGUUUACAAACCUACCUUUGACAUGCCAAGAACCUAGGUUGACUACCGCUACAAUCAAAGGAUAUUGUAAAACUGGGAGAUAGCAUUGUUUCCAAUUGAGAUUGGAAAAUCUACUUUAGAGUAUUUAUGGGUCAUAUAAUCCAGCCUAUUACUAUUGUUUAUUUCAAAAGGAGAGGAGUGCUGGGAACAGAUACUGAGCUAAUGAUUGACUUGGAAAGUUAACUUCUUCUAAUUAGUACUGUAUUCCCACAACAAACAACUGUAAGUUGCUACAAGUUACAUAAUAACUAGUAAUGAGAUCCUUCUCCCCCACUCCUUCUGAAUGUACAUCCAUGCAGAUUUGCAAGUAAUGUGUUCCCAAACAUCAAAUAUAUGAAAAAUUGGCUGUUCUUUCCUCCAGUUAGAUAUAUAUUUCUAUACUUAAAAAGAACUGAGAUAUUAUCUUCACUGAAUAGUGUUUUGAGACUUGCACAAUUAUUGCCUUCUGUUCCAGAACACUGUACAGUCCAAAAUACUAUGAUGAAGCAAUGGGAAGGACCUGAGAGAAAAAUGCUCAAUCAAUUUGAGCACAGGACUUGACAACUGCCACAGACAAUAAUAUGGCUUUCAGAGAAAUUAUGAACCUGUCAUUUAUUCCCACUUUGCAAUCAAUAUGGCGUAUCUCUUACACUGAUCGAUAAUGCCAUUCUCAAUUCACAACUUGAAUGUGUGGAUAACUUUUAGUUGAACCAGUGAAUAAUCACCUGGAAUCGAUGAGAGUUUUCUAUAUGUGGCCAGUAUUCACUGGUAUAAACUGAAGAGAGUCUCAGAGAGGAUAAUUAAAGUACACUUUUGCACAUUAUAAUUUCAGGUGGUAGAGGAAUGAUUUGUGUGUCUUGCAAAUACUUCACAGAAUAUGUAGACUGACCUGUAAACCUCACAGUUAAUGAAGAGAUCUCUUAAGAAAUUGUAAUACCUUUUUGAAGGUGUUGAUUCUUUUGGUGUUGGACACCGCUAACAGCUAUCUAGGUAUUGAACUAGUACUGUUCACUGCUCAUAUGUUGUAACAAGUCUUUUUUCUUGAUACAUUUAACUCACUGGAUAAGACAUUAGCUUCCGAUAUAAAAAGACUGAGAGUGAAAAUAAAGGAAUUGUUUAGAGUAUGUAAUUGUGAACAAAUGUUUCAACAUGACCAACAAAUAUGUAAUCAAUUCAGCAUCGUUGCCCAAUUAAUGCUGUAAUAGGACUCUUUAUGAGUGCAAUAUAUUUCCAUGAUUGUUACAUGGUGUGUUAAACUGCCUGGUGAAAAUGCUCUGUUUUGCACUAUGUGUAAAAAAAAAUUCUAUUGUAGGAAGCAGUGUACAUUUUUGUAUUUAAUAAACUCGGGUUUAUGGGUGUUUUUUGAGGUGGAGAAUUGUGCCUUCUGGGUUGGUAGAGUUUUGUAAUUGUAUCUUUACAAAAGACAAUAAUUUAUGUGUUUUCAAAUGUAUGUCAUGCAAAAAACAGUAUAAUAAUGGCUGCUUAUUUACUGUUAUCUGGUAUUGUGUGAAUACAAUAUGAAUAAAUAACUGUACCAAAAA